UGGUGUCAAAUCUGUCAAACGCAGUGUUGUAUUCGUAUAAUAUUGUGAUUCUUUGCCUAAAGUAUUUUUAUAUUGUUUUCUGUUUUAAAUGAUAAAUAAUGAGUGAUUUAUGGAACAAAAGCUACAUAUGUCGCUGUUGCCAAGCUGAAGAUGGCUUCAGAAGCCUCGGGGAGCCGUAUGUUCACGAAGGAACGGAAGAAAUCUACGCAGACAUGUUACGGGAUUGUUUGAAUAUUAUUAUGAAACCUCCAACUUUAUCCCAGUCAUCAUACAGCAUCUGUGAAGGCUGUGUAUGUAGGCUGCGGGAUGCAACUGUUUUUAAAAGGCAGGUUCUUGCUUGUGAGAGUUCGCUGUUGGAAUACAGUGAUCAGGUUAAUGACGAAACAAAUGCAGAUGCUGAAAUUAAGUCUGAAGAGGAUAGCUGCUCAAAUGGUUACCGAGAGGAGUUGAUGCAUAGACCAAAUUAUGAUGACAAGGAUGAAAAGAAUCUCACCUAUGAUGGGGACAAACCAACCUCGAUGGAUAUGGAAGAUAUUGAUGAUCAGCCAUUGGCCAGCCUUCGAUCCCGUCGUGAAAAAAGUGAUGACGUCACGCCACAAGUAGCCAGAACUUCGAAAGACCAGAAAACCAAGAAAUUCUCAUGUGAAAUAUGUCAAAAGAAAUUUACCUAUAAUGGUUUCUUAGAGGUACACAUGAGACAACACACAGGGGAGAAAACAGUGCAAUGUAAGCUAUGCGACAGUAAAUACACUAAUAACAAGGAAUUAAAUAGACAUAUAAGCGCAAACCAUUCCGAUGGAGAUAAAUUCCCGUGUACACAAUGUUCUGAGAGUUUUGAUAAAGCGAGAUUGUUGAAAAAGCAUUUAACAAUACAUUUCGAGGAAAAGUUUUCUUGUAGCUACUGUGAUAAGGAGUUUCAAAGGAAAAAGGGGUUAAAGGAGCAUCUAAAAACUCACACAGGUGAGAAAAAAUACAGUUGUGAAGAAUGUGGUAAAUCUUUUGGACAUAAUCAGACGUUAAAAUCUCAUAUUUUAACGCACACUGGUGAAAAGCCUUACGUGUGUGAUGUAUGCGGACGCAGAUUUCCUCAAAGAACUCAUUUAAAAAGACAUAUAUUUAUUAUACACACCGGGGUCAAACCUUACAGCUGUAAUAUAUGUAAAAAGCAGUUUUCCAGUAAAAGUUAUUUAUCUAUACAUGAAAGACAGCAUACUGGAGAACGACCGUAUAGUUGUGAGGAAUGUAAUAAGACUUUCACAGCUUACACGACUUUAAAAGUCCAUAUGAGAGUACACACUGGGGACAAACCUUAUUCUUGUAGUUUCUGUAACCGCCAAUUCGCGCAAAUGGCAAGUUUUAAACUCCACGAAAGAACUCAUACUGGUGAGCGACCGUUUGCUUGUAAAAUUUGUAAAAAACCGUUUUCUGAUAACGGCUAUUUAAAGAUACAUAUGAGGGUUCACACUGGCGAAAAACCCUAUAAUUGCGAUAUAUGCAAACGCUCUUUCAGAGAAACUGGACAACUGAAACGUCAUCUAAGAGUUCAUAGUGGAAUAAAACCUUAUACCUGCAAAAUAUGUAACAAACAGAUUGGUAACUUAUCUAAACACAUGCGUAUACAUUCCGAGGCUAGGUAUAAUUGUAAUGUAUGUAAUAAACAGUUUUCUGUUAGCAAUUUGAAGUUGCACAUGAGAAUUCAUAGUGAUAAGCCGUUUGCGUGUGAUGUAUGUAGUACUCAGUUUGCCCAAAGUAGUGGUUUAAAAAGACAUAGAUGUACACAAGGAGAUAAAGUUGAGUGAUUGAAAAUUAAUUCCUUUUAACCCCAAGUGCAAAAAGAGGGUUUUUACCGCAUCUGUGGCCCAUACCUCUUAAGCGGGUAAACCAAUUUAAAUGCGGUUAUGUUUUUAUUUAAAAACAAGUUUACUAGUGCUGCUUCUUUGAUAUAGGAAUUUUAUCACAAUCGGUUCAUCCGUUAUAUUGCGUUAGGGUUUAUCAUGUUCUUUUGCGAAGCAAAUUAUUACAUACAUUAUAAUCAAUUACAAAUUGUAGCCUAAUUACAGUAAUUACAUUGAGUUAUAAUGUGUAAUUAAUCAGGGUAAUUAUUAAUAGUUAAGUAAGUACUUAAUUUAUUUUUAUAACUAGAUAAGUAUCAGUUUAUUUAUUAAUUUAUAAUUUGUGGCUCAAUGUGGCCUAAAAUAAAUAGUUAUAUUUAUAAAUCGUUGUUUUAUUUUAACAAUGUUUAAUGUAGAGAUGCAACGGAUAGUUGUUUGGCCGGAUAUCGGAUACCGGCCGAAUAUCCGGCCAGCGGAACUAUACCUAUAUUUCGGUUUUUCAGGUGCGCAUUCUGCAGGUCUGACCUGUUUCCUAGUAAACGUUCGUGCGGACACAUUUCUACGUUCGAAAUUAGUGCGCGUGCAAGUCAGUGGAAUGUUUAAAUUGUUUUAAAAUAAUAAACAAGUACGAUUAUGACCAUGACUGUUUCUUAAAUCCAAAUUAGUUUACUCCGAAAUCAAGCAAUGUUACUAUCCGGUAUCCGGCCCGGAUACUAGGUCACUAUCCGGUAUCCGGCCCGGAAAGUAGGUCACUAUCCGGUAUCCGGCCGGAUAUUAAAAUCUAGGACGUAUACCGGAUAUUAACCGAAUAUCCGGUGCAUCUCUAGUUUAAUGUAUCAUAUUAUAAAUAAAUAUAAAUAUUAGGGGACAUCUUAUACAGAUCAACCUAGCCCCAAACUUAGCAAAGCUUGUAAUAUGUCUGCUACGCGACGAUAUACAUCCUUAUAUAGAUAAAUACAUACUUAUAUACAUAGAGAAUUCGAACACCCAUGACUCAGGAACAAAUAUUUGUGUUCAUCACACAAAUAAAUGCCCUUACCGGGAUUCGAAGGACCAAUGUUGAUGAAUAAUUAGUAAUGAUUUUGCUAUAAUUGUUUUCUAUAUAAGGGUAUAUUUGGUAAAGCGAUCGUAGUUCGUAGUAUGACAAUCGUACAUUGAUAACGCUAAACGAAUAAAAAUAAAACCGGCCAAGUGCGAGUCGGACUCGCGCACGAAGAGUUCCGUACCAUUACGCAAAACGGCAAUAAACAUCACGUUUGUUGUAUGGGAGUCCCAUUUAAAUAUUUAUUUUAUUCUGUUUUUAAUAUUUGUUGUUAUAGCGGCAACUGAAAUACAUCAUCUGUGAAAAUUUCAACUGUUCUAGCAUCACGUUUCAUGAGAUACAGCCUGGUGACAAACAGACGGA